AUGUUUGAUAUCGAUCUCGGGCUGGCCAGACCUGACGACGAUGCCAACGAGAAGAAAAUAAUCAGUGUACUCAACGAUCUUGUGCACGAUAGAAUCGAUGCUGUAACUGCGGCAAGGACCAUUGACGAGAUAAUUACCGAGGACUGCCAAAAGACGCUCGUAGCUUACAACUCGGCUAGCAAAGAACAAAAGAAGAAUGGCACCGUGAGCGGUCCCUCUCCUCAGGGAUGGCAGCAUUACCUGUACGACUGUCUCGCCACGGCAGCCAUGAAGGUCCCGGCUGCACACCCGGGUCAAGACCGCCUGGUCAAUCUGAUCGACCAACUCGGUCGUUUGCCGCGUCACAAGGUCCCAGCGCUGUAUUCAGACUCUGAGCAGAUCGUGGAGAAGGAGCUCUGGGUGCUUAAUCGAGAGAAUCACUAUGACGGAUUCGGGCAGUGGAUGUGGGAGCGACAUGAGGGUACCUUUGUGGGCUGGCGCCAAGUCGAGAUGGACCCGGAUGCCGCGGACGCUUAUCUAAACUUCUCUGCCUUCCUUGCACGCCUUCUGUCGGGGGGAGUGGCUGCCUUGUUGGGCUUGAGCGCCUUGGUGUUGCCAUUCAUCAGACGUAACAUCACAGUAGCUGCAUCGCAUGAGCCGCACAAGUUUGAACCAUAUGUGGCUGCAGCUGCACAAUGGAUCCUGUAUUCGGGCAAAGUGCUGUAUACAAUGUGCGAAAUAAAGGUCAUGGCGUCUGUGAGGUGGAAGAAGGAGCUCUGGGAUAGAAUCAAGACUCAGUUUGACACUAUCAAUGGCGAUGGAAGGUUCUGUACGGAAACUCGAGACUGGGCGGCACAGGCUGCCGACUUCAUGAGAAAGGUGGAGGAGACAGGCUCUGUUCGGGAGACGGAUGCUUUUCAAAGGCAUCAUUUCUUGUCAUUGGAAGAGGAACAGGAAGGAUCUGCAGACGAAUGA